ACCUGAUCCACGUGUGGGGCAAUUUCUUUGAUUCAACAAGGAGAAAAUCUUUUUGAAGUUUGAGGUUGUCUCGCGCUUCUCCUUACAAAAUUGGAUUGACUCCUUAUAUCUAUCAUUAUCUUUUUCUUUUCUUUUCUUCUUUCUUUUUGUUGGGCUCAUCUCUUCUCAAUCACCCUCAUCUCAUGUCGCGAUUCAAGCAACCCCCACCUCACACCUCCCCACCGCCUAGUCCAUUAUCACCAACUUCUCCUCCACUACUUUCAACCCUCACAUCUCAUUUUGUCCAAGCGUUGCACGACUAUAUUCCAACCAAUUUAUCAGCUGAAGAUGCUGAGAAUUGUCUAUGUUUUUCUCGUGGCAAUAUCAUUGAAGUCUUGGGCAGAGAUGAUAGUGGAUGGUGGGAUGGAUCAUGCAAUGGAAACAGGGGCUGGUUCCCUUCAAAUUAUGUUGGCAUGAUAGGAGAAGCCGUCCGCACUGAAACCUAUUCUGAUGAAGAAGAGGAUGCCGUAGAAGAGAACAGCAGCAGUAGCAGCAGUAGCAAUUCUGACAGCCUUUGCAGUAACGAAGACCAACAUAUCUCGCUGGCCCGAUGUCCAGAAUUAGUCCUUCCGUCACGGUUACAAAUGGCACGGGCGCUAUUGGCAGAGCACCAACCCGCAAAGAAAUCAGAAAGACGUCUACAUCAUCGCCGUUCAAGAGCCUCUCAUCUCCUGGUUAGCUGGGAUAAUCUUAUUAAUCCCAUCAUACAAUCAGCAAGCUUGUUAGCAGCUGCCAACGACCCAUCACUCUAUCUGUCCGAUGUUAUCUCCGCUGUCAGAUACUUGCUAGCUUGUUCUGGUGCAAUGGCAAACGACGCUCCAUUACUCGACAGUUUUCCCGAAUUAGCUGACCAACGAAGAGCUGUCCUAUCCUGCUUAAGUCAUUUGGUCAUUCAAACACGAUCUCAGGCUGACUUGGCCAAAUCAGCCAACGAAUUAAUAGAAGUCGUCAAAGACUAUGCGGCUGUUGCACGAGAAAGUGGCAUGGGUAAUCCUGCGCAGAAUGGAGGUGAAUUCAAAAUAGAUGACAAUAAUAUAUCGGCAGCCCUCAAGGUUGGAACACGAGAGAGGACUAUAGUGGAUAAGCUGGAGGGACAUCGCAUCAAUGUUUUUAGCCUGUUGGACGAUAUCACGGCGCAUGGCACUAUCAACUUCGAGAAAAGAGCAGAGAUUCUGGAGAUGACAAGAAAGGCUGUCGAGGCAGUCCGAGCCUAUCUAUCCGUGCUGGAACACGACCUAGGAUCGGAGACAGCUAAUGUUCAAGAAGAACCUAAUAUGGUGUCGGUUGUUCUGUCGAAGGAAGCCAUCUAUACAGCGGCGACCAAUCUUGUGACAGCUGUCAGAGUGGCUUCUUCCCUAUAUGGUGCUUCCAUGGACGAGCAGAAAGAAGACAAUGAGCACGUGCAAACUAGUAUAGAACGUGUUCGGGUUGCUAUUCUCGACUCUUUACGAGCCAUGCGAUUUUUGGCAGAUAACAGUCACGACGUCAAUGUCAAUGAUACCAGUGCAAGGGAACGACUGGAGAUGUCGGCAAGCCUCCGGCGAGCACAAACAUUGAGUUAUCUGAGUCGGAAAGCCACUAGUUUGGAUGUUCUUAAAGGUCAAUAUUUGGAAGAUGUCGAACGAGAACGUGGUCAUACUCCGGAUUCAAGCCUAGAUGAAGACGAUCUACACCAAGUCCAAGCUCAGCUGGAAAACCAUGCCACUUCGGAAGGUAGAAAAUCGUUGGACCAAGCACAGGCCUUAAUUCAAGUCGAUGCACACUUCGCCGUCAAGGAAAUUGCUGCCAGGCAACAUGUUGCUUUCGAAUUGGCCGACGAUGACAAGAUGGAAACCGAAGAUGCCUUUCAGGAACCUGAAACCGAGGAGAUGGAACAAAUUGAUGCUUUGGCCAUAGGCGAUGCUUGUAGUUUGGAUGACGUAGUUGGUCCUUGUCGUCCUAGCUUACUGAACAAAUCCAAUAGUUAUAAUCCACCUCAAGCAUUGGAUAUGACACAUCGACCAAUAGAUCGUUCCAUUUCCAAUGAGGAUGUCAGCGAGCACCAGCGACAUUCAUCUUCCAUCAAAUUCAAUGAUGUUCGUCAUUUUAGCGGAAAUUCAUCUAGAACAAGUGGAACAUCAUCCCGAUUAUUCCGACAGUCACUUCGAUCAUCUAUUGAAUCUUACCAUUUGACUCCUGUAACUUCUCCAGAACCGAUGAGUCCUAUCAGCGAUGUGGAUUCCAUCACCUUCAGAGUGCAUUCUAGCUCUCGCUUGAGUGAUGUUGCCAGCGAUGGUAUGCCUAACUUACCAGAGGAGGCUAACUCUCCUCCUACUAUUACCUUCAAUGAACGUCCUUAUAGUCAACAGCCACAGCGGAACACAGCUUAUAGAGACCAACGUUCCCAACAGAGCUUGUCAUUGCCACCACAAAAUCUUCGGGUUGCCAGUAGCAAAAGUACACCUACGGAUACGAUAUUGCGUCAGGUUAGACGUUCACGUGGGAUGAGUGUUUCCUCUCUCAAGAUGUCCCUUAGACAGAACAAGGAAGACGACUCUCAUAAGCCAAUGCCAAACCGUGAGUCAAGUCAUUUCAAACCACCAGCUCUCCCUUACCUACGUCGAGCAAGCAGUUGGCGUGAUACCGACCCUAUCAUUCCACCUGCACCAGAGGUAAAGGAACGCCAAACAAAGGAACCAGAAGAGGUCUUGCCAUGGUUUUUGGAACCCCAAGCAAUGGAUGAUGAUAAUGUGAUCUUCAACGUUGAAGGACAAGUCAUGGGUGGCAGCUUGAAAGCUUUAAUUGAACGUUUGACAAUGCACGACAAGGCAACCGACAUCACCUUCUCCAACGCUUUUUUGCUCAAUUUUCAUUUGUUCACAUCUCCAGAGGACUUUUUUCAAUUGUUGAAGGAGCGCUUUUCCAUUCAACCCCCUGGUGACAUGCCUCUCUCUGAAGGCGAACUCGAACUCUGGACCAACCGCAUACAAGUUCCCAUCAGGUUGCGAGUGUACAACGUGAUCAAGACUUGGCUAGAAGGCUUUUUCAGUGCUGAACAUGACCUCAAUAUGCGUGAUCCUCUCAUGGAGUUUGCGGCCGACAGCAUGGCCAAGGCUAUGCCAGGCCCGGCAAAGCGUAUGGUAGAACUGAUCAACCGUCGUUUCACCUGUGGUUCGGAGGGACAAUUGCAGCAACAGCAAGUUCUUCGUUCUCGUCGUGGUACUAUUAUUGAACAUCAGCAAGCACAACAAAAGCCAUUGCCACGACCCAAUUUGCAAAAGACAAAAUCCUAUGGAAGCUUGAACUUUUCACACAAAGCCUCAUCUAUCACCGGAUCAUCUUUGUUCAACCUUACCAUGUUUGAUGACAACAGUGACUCGUCGUUGACCGCCCCACCUCCCACACCUAUCAUUUCAAAGCAUUUACGCCAGCAACUGAAGAAGUUUGCUACCGAUCAAGAUGCUUGGCAACAACUUAAUUUACUGGACAUUGAGCCCACUGAGCUGGCUAGGCAAAUGACACUCAUUGAGAACACGUUGUUCUGUGACAUCGCGCCUCAAGAAAUGCUUGGCCAAGAGUUCAAGAAGAAAGUCGGUGUUAGCUCAGCCAUUCACGUCAAAGCCAUGAUUCAAUUGAGUACGAGAGUAACAGGCUGGAUUGCCGACAGUGUGUUGGCUGAAAAAGAAGUCAAACGACGAGCAGCUGUCAUCAAGUACUGGAUUAAAGUCGGCGAUGCCUGCUUACAAUUACAAAACUAUAAUACCUUGAUGGCCAUCAGGAGUGCCUUAGACUCAACUGGCGUUUCCCGUCUGCGACGUACUUGGGAUCUCCUUUCCACCAGACACAAGAACACACUGGAAACUAUGCGAGGUGCCACGGACACUUCACGUAAUUUUGCAAAAUACCGACAACGCCUGAAGGGAGCUAUUGCUCCUUGUCUUCCAUUUUUAGGCGUCUACCUCACUGAUAUGACUUUCAUUGACGAUGGCAACUCCAACGUUCGCACAACCAGUGCCGGCAAGGAACUCAUUAAUUUCGACAAGCAUAUCAAAGCCACCAAAGUGAUCAGUGAGAUCCAGAGAUUCCAACUCCCAUACAGACUGGUUCCCGUUGAGGAGUUACAACUCUUUUUACACAAGAGUUUGGAUGCAAUUGAUGCCAAUGAUCAAGAGCUGUAUACCCGUAGCUUACGCCUGGAGCCUCGUGAAGAGGACGCUGAAACUCGUAGCGCUACUAGUAGCGAGCGAUCCUAGUUCCCAAGCUAUUCUGAAAACCCCCCCCCCAUUACAUUCAAACACACACUCACACACACACACAUAUACCGCACACGCAAAGUUUCAAUACUGUAAUCAAACUCUUUCCGCUGUACAGAUUUCGUUUCAUUCUGAUUUCACUACUCAAAAAGC